AUGCGGCAAUUGAUUCUUAAUAUAAAUGAUUUUCAGUUCAUUUUCUCCCUCAAAGCAGAGAAGGCAAAAGGGCGGUUUAUCCGUUUGCUGCCAGCAUUUGGAAAUGCGAAGCUCAUGACUUCGAUGGAAGCGGGAAGUCUCCUCAAGUGUCGAUUCCUUACUAGCACUUCGUUUCGACCCGCCGCAAAAUCCUCAUCAUUUCCUUCUCUUCCUCCAAUUUUCUCGUUCCACUUCGGGGUUUCAUCCUCGUCGUCUUCUUCUUCCCAUUCUCCAAUCACGAAUUCCAAACCUAAUUACAGAGUGCCCAAGCCCAAACGAGACUGGAUCGCCGAUUGGGUCUCCCAGAAUGACGACACUGUUCGUACUUUACCCAUCUACAUUGGCGCCGCUUCCCUCUUGGUCGUUCUCUUUAAUCGCGCCCUUUAUGGCAUCGCUCCUGUUGCUGAUGCUAGCAGUUCACAAUCUAGAGCGGACCUCUUGACUGUAGCAUUGGCUGUCACCAAUGUCUUAACUGGUCUGGUAUGGCUGUCUAUAAGACCAAAAUCUAUUGCUACGGUAGAUCCCCAAGGAGUUGAAUGUAAGAGGGUGUGUAGUCCUCUCCCUGACUAUGCAGUUACUGAGCUGCUCUGGGUGUGGGAAUCUCUAUCAGAUGUCACACGCUGCAGAUCACUUGUUAUUGUUUAUGAAAACGUUUGUGUGCUUCAAAUUGGUUGCGCAGCAGAAGCUUCUUCUAGGAAGGGGGAGGCCGUUAAUGUGGAUGCCGAUAAAUUAAUGCGAGGAACAUUAUAUCAGGGUGUUAUAAAAUCUGGGGCUCAGAGUUACUUGGCUAACCUAUCUCUUUAUCCUGGGAAAUCUGAGCUGCCAUUUUUGCCUUCAAACACUCAGGCAGUAAUUUUGCAACCACUUGGAGACAAAGGAAUUGCAAUUAUUGGUGGUGACACAAUACGAGGUUUCACUACUUCUGACCAGGCAUGGAUUACUCUUAUUGGAGAAAAGCUGGAUUCUACCCUUGCAAAACAUGCGAGGCAGCUUCAACUUACUUCACAAGAUUCAAUUUGAAGACGUUAGAAGGUAUUGAAUUUAGGGGGAAAAGCAUGCGAUGUAACCUAUGAUAUUUUGAUUAUAUUAGAUUUUACCGUCCAUCUAUCGUAAAUAUUUCAGUUGAUUUCGUUGCCAUUGGGAGGGUCAAAUUGACCCAUACACAUUAACAGAUCCCUCAAAAAAAAAAAAAAAAACAAAGCACUACUCUCUCUGGCGCGCGUGCGCGCACAAAAACACAAGGCAGUUCUACUAUGAUUUGUAAAUCAUUCGUAGUAUUCAUAUAUAGUAAGACGAUCUUUAGUACAAGAGUUAAUUUGAUUUUUAA